CCGAGCCCCAGAAUUUCCUACCAUGGCGGCCCUUCGUCAAUAAGUAUGCUAGCGCUCCCCAGUUUUCUCUUUUUUCCUGUCGGAACUGAUACACGAGCUGCGACUUCUGCUCUAACGUGAAAUCCUCCAAGCUUCUGAUCCUCUGGUCCUCAUUCUUUUUGCAAAGGAACCCCUAGAUCUACUUCACGAUGGCCUCUCCGAUUCCCCGGGGCCUGCGUCAGGUCCUCCAGAAGUCUCCCAAUGACAUUGUCAUUCUCUCUUCUCUCCGUACGCCUGUAACCCGAGCGAAGAAAGGUGGCUUCAAGGAUGCUUAUCCCGAAGAGCUCCUUGCCAACGUGCUUCGUGCCACUCUUGAGGCGAACCCGAACCUUGACCCGGCCCUAAUUGACGACGUCGCCAUCGGUUCUGUUCUCCAGGAGCUCGGCGGUGCCAAAGCUGGCCGUAUGGCUCAGAUCCAUGCCGGUUUCCCUGACACCGUCUCUUUCCAUACUAUCAACAGACAAUGCUCGUCCGGCCUGGCUGCUAUCUCCACUAUUGCCAAUGGAAUCCGUGCCGGCGCAAUUAACGUUGGUGUCGGUGGUGGAAUGGAGUCCAUGACCCGCAACUACGGUUCCCGCGCUAUUCCCACUGUCCUCUGGCCUGAACUCAAGGAUUCAUACUCGAAGGAUGCUCGGGAUUGCAUCAUGCCGAUGGGUAUUACUUCGGAGAAUGUCGCCGCUCGCUACGGAGUCUCCAGAGCAGACCAGGAUGCUUUUGCCGCCGAGUCGCACAAGAAGGCAGCUGCGGCCCAAAACGCCGGCCUUUUUGACUCCGAGAUCGUUUCUGUGAAGACCGUGUCCUACGACCCCGAGCACCCCGACGCUGCUCCCACCGAGAUCACCGUCUCGAAGGACGAUGGAAUCCGCCACAACCUUUCAGUCGAAAAAAUGGCUAGCUUGAAACCCGCCUUUUCUGCCAAUGGUGCCAGCACUGCUGGAAACAGUUCUCAGGUCAGCGACGGUGCUGCUGCAGCCCUGCUGAUGCGCCGCUCUACGGCUACUGAGCUCGGCUUGACCUCUUCCAUCAGGGCUCGCUGGGUUGCCUCUGCUGUUGCUGGCUGCGCUCCCGACGAGAUGGGUGUUGGCCCUGCCGUUGCCAUUCCCAAGCUUCUGCAAAUGCUGGACAUGAAUGUUUCCGACGUUAACAUCUGGGAGAUCAACGAGGCCUUCGCCUCCCAGGCUCUGUACUCUAUUCGCAAGCUCGGAAUUGACGAGUCCAAGGUCAAUCCCAAGGGUGGUGCUAUUGCCAUUGGUCACCCUCUGGGUGCCACUGGUGCCAGACAAUUGGCGACUCUUAUUCCUGAGCUUGAGCGCACCGGCCAGGAUGUCGGUGUUGUUAGUAUGUGCAUUGGAACUGGUAUGGGUAUGGCUGGCAUGUUUGUCCGGGAGUGAAAGUGCGGAAAGUGAGGGUUGCAUCAUUCUGUACAGUUUUGUGUUUUUCUCUUUUACAUUUUCAUGAUUUCAGCGUAGACGCAUGUAUAUACACCCACAACUCAUGAAGUUUUAC